CCCGCUCCACCUCCACCUCCUCCUCCUCCUCCACCUCCUCCUCUCCCACUCUGGAGACAGUGGUAGAAAAUGACCAAGCUGGAGCUGUUGAAUGUGUUUCUGAACGACAGGCUGACGGCGGCAGCGGAGGAGAUUUUUCGCGCAGUUAAAGACACGGUGGUUGAGUACCAGAGCGAGAUCCUGCGCUCCAAAGACGAGAACGAGCGUCUCAAGCGGCUGCUCAACGUGGCCGUGCAGCGGCUCCUGCUGCAGCCAGAUCCUCACUCUGUCCAACCCCAAGAAGAUGAUCCGUUCUCCGAGUGGAGAAGCAGCGCGGAGCAACUGCCUCAAGUUAAAGAGGAACCAAAACUCAGACACAUUCAAGCCGACUGUCCACAAGCAGCUGGAGACUCAGAAGAAGGAAACUGCAGUCGUGUCGAGCUCCAGGCGUCACAUCCUCCACCAACGCAGCCGGUUUCUUCUCCUCCACCGACAUCCCCAGAGAUUAAGACGGAGGCCGACGGAGAGGACGGCAGGAAACAGCUCCCAGCCAACAGCUUAUCGUCGCCCAUAAAAGUUCUUUUAAACUGCAGAGCAGCUCAGAGUGAUUUUUGUGCCACCGCCGCAAAGAGCCACAGAACUCAGAAAACUGAGCAGCAGGUGAAGGGGCUACUUCGCUCCAACGGAAAACAGAACUCGCCCAUAAUGCAGAUCAAGAACGUGAGAUCUCUGAAGCUGCCUGCGCCUCGCUCCUCCCACCCGAGCCCGGGCAUCCAGAGGUGGCACAGCUGUAAGGAGUGCGGAAAGGGCUUCAGCUUCGCCUGCCAGCUGGAGGUCCACAUGCGCUGGCACACCAAGGAGAAACCGUACAGCUGCACCGUGUGCCGCAAGAGCUUCACCACGGUGAGCAUGCUGAAGAGGCACCACCGCAUCCACACGGGGGAGAAACCCUUCCGGUGCCACGUGUGCGGGAAAUGCUUCAACCAGUCGGCACAUCUCAACACCCACUUCAGGCUCCACACCAGAGAGAGGGCCGGCUGGAGCCGGUCACCGCACCACACGUGAACCGGGUCUCACAGCGGAAGCCCUCAUUCGUCUGUAAACUCUGAAAUGCUGUAGCUGGCCAGAUUUUAAGUUCAAACCGUGAACAGUGAUGGUGCUUGAUUGUGUCUAAUUGUUGUGCAAUAAAGAGUAGUACAUGAAGA